AUGUUGUCUUUCAAGUCUCCCAAUCUUGAAAAUAUGAGCAAUGGAAGAAUUGCAUCCACUCAAUCUCUUUUGAAAGCCCAAAUUUUGGUUGUUGAUGAUGACUCUACAUCUCUUGCUAUUGUCUCUUCAAUGCUUAAAAAAUGCAAACUUUCAAUUGUCACCGUUAAGAAUCCAUUAGACGCUUUAUCAACUCUUCGAGUAAAAAAUGGAGCAUUUGACUUGGUUGUCACUGAUCUUUAUAUGCCUGGAAUGACUGGAUUGGAACUACAAAAGCAAGUCAAUGAAGAAUUCAAGAUCCCUGUUAUUAUAAUGUCAUCAGAUGACAAAGAAAGUGUGAUUUUGAAGAGUUUAGAUAGUGGAGCUGCAUUCUAUAUGGUGAAACCAGUGAACCCAGAAGAUCUGAAAAGCGUUUGGCGGUAUGCGGUGGCUUCCAAGAUUGGUCAAGGGGUUGUUAAUGAUCAGGAAAUAGGAAGUGCCGAAGGGGAAACUCCAUCAAAUGACAAACUUAUUCUUUGUGGGUUCCUUAAUUCUUCUUCAUCAGUGAACGGAGAGCGUGGCCAAAAAAUGAAAAUGGGGAGAAAAAGGGCAAGGAAUAAAGACGAAGCGGAAGAAGAUGCUCUUGCUCCACCCAAAAAGGCAAAGGUAGUUUGGACAAAUACACUGCAUAAUCGGUUCUUGCAGGCCGUAAGCCAUUUAGGCCUCGAAAAGGCUGUUCCCAAGAAAAUUCUUGAAUUGAUGAACGUGCCAGGGCUAACUAGAGGAAAUGUUGCUAGCCAUUUACAGAAAUACCGGAUGUUCCUGAAGAAGGUAGCAGAGAAGGGGACUUGGACAUCUCGCUGUCUGGCUGAAAGGACCCUUAGGUCAUCGUUUGCCUAUGGAUAUACCUCCAUGUUCAAAAAUCCCCAACAGGAUCAUUCGCCGUUUCUUGGACAACAGCCAUUCAUGAGAACAUCAUUCCAACCCUACGGAGACAAUCUCUGUGAUCUUAGUAGCUCCAGCUUUGGCCUCCCACGCUUUCCUAAUCAGGAAGCUACCAACUCUGUGCCUCAACUCCGCUAUGGACAAUCCAGUUUAGUUGGCAAUCCUACUAGUUUCCAGCAGCGGCCAUUAAUGUUUGCUAACCCAUAUCCUCUUCAUCAGGCAAAUCGCUCAACAUCCAACAGUACUGGAAUGAAUCUGUCCUCGAAUACAAUUACUACUUAUGGCGUCACUAGUGGUACAAGUCCAAUGUUUAUUCACCUGCAACAAAAUCAAGCAAAUCUUCAGAACUAUGCCACCCCAUUCAAAUUUAGCUUAACUGGAAUCGGCUGCCCCAUUUAUUCUUCAGGCACUGGCAGCAUGGCAAUCAUCAAUAAUUCCUAUCCUUCUCUGAAUCACAACAGUAAUUAUUCCGGAAUCCAAUUGACUAGUGAGGCCGAGCUGAUGGGAACAGGAAAAACGCGAUUCAGUGGGAAUGAGUUAUCAAGUAGCUCUAAUAAUGGAGGUAAUGGUUUAAUGAAUUGGACUCCCGACAACAAUAUGAAUAAUGCACCAACAAGGAAUGGGACAAUUGAGGCUUUUGGUGUUCAAGGGGCCGGAUCCUCUUCUACUGGGUUUGGGAGUACGAACCAAUUUUCGCCAACAUUCACUAUAACUAAUCAAGAAAAUGCUUCAGGGCUGUCACCACUGUCUCCGUCAACUUCAGCAAUGCCACCACACUCUCAGCAAGCUUCAGUGCUUCCGCCACAGUCUCAGCAACAUACCAGUACCGGUCUUGGGAAUACCGGAGGAGAAAAUGACUACGCUUUCAAUAACCUGAUGAUCAAUGCUUCUACCUUGGGUAGCAUUUCUGAUAACCAGCAAGAGCUUGGCGAACGUGAUCUUGGUGAACUUCUGUACGGGUCCACCUGUGCAACUCCUUACCAGGAAAAAAAUGUGGAAGGGCUUUUGAAUGUGAACUUACCUGGCUGCCCAUAUUAUGUUGAAAUGAGCUCUCCAGCCUAUGAAUUCCUAAAUACGGAAUUUUCUAGCGCAUGCAGUAUUGCGGACAAAACUCCUUGGAGUGAAGAAUCCUCUGGCCAGCUUCAAGGCAGGGAAGAAACGAUGAAUCCCAAGUUUGGUGGCAAUGUUAAUCCAGUGGAUGACUAUUAUCCAAGCUUUGAGAAGCCACAAUGCAACAAUAGCGAGGAGCCUGCGGAUUCUGCGCUGAAUGGCAUGAAUCUUAACGAAGCAUCAAUAUCAGGAAAUGAGGAUUGGGGGGAGGAUUUCUUGAACUCCCUGAUUGGAAAUGGCCCCUACUGA